CGCCGAGCCUGUGGCUCUCGGAGCUUUUAUCCUGGUUGUCCCCCUGCGCGGCGAGCGCCAUAUGCAUCUGGUGGCGCUAGGAUUCGACCCCUGUACUGGGCCUUUAGGCCUACCCCCGCCCCUCAGCCUUGCCGGGAUGGCGCCUCCCUGAUAGGGCUCCCAGGGUUGCGCUGAACGAGAGUUCGCCGGCUGGCGGGCCUCGUGACACCCACAUAGCAGUUGCUCCUUGCAGGGCAGAACGCACCGGCGGCCGCUCUCCGUGUUGGCCUUCCUUUACCUUCCCCGGGAUUUUUGCCUGCCGGUCUCCGGAUGAAGACCAUUCUCAGCAAUCAGACUGUGGACAUUCCAGAAAAUGUGGACAUCACUCUGAAGGGACGCACAGUUAUUGUGAAGGGCCCCAGAGGCACCCUGCGGAGGGACUUCAAUCACAUCAAUGUAGAACUCAGUCUCCUUGGAAAGAAGAAGAAGAGGCUUCGGGUUGACAAAUGGUGGGGAAAUAGAAAGGAACUGGCUACUGUUCGCACUAUCUGUAGUCAUGUACAGAACAUGAUCAAGGGUGUCACACUGGGCUUCCGUUACAAGAUGAGGUCUGUGUAUGCUCACUUCCCCAUCAACGUCGUUAUUCAGGAGAAUGGUUCUCUUGUGGAAAUCCGAAAUUUCUUGGGUGAAAAAUACAUCCGUAGGGUUCGGAUGAGGUCAGGUGUUGCUUGUUCAGUAUCUCAAGCCCAGAAAGAUGAGUUAAUUCUUGAAGGAAAUGAUAUUGAACUUGUAUCAAAUUCAGCUGCUUUGAUUCAACAAGCCACAACAGUUAAAAACAAGGACAUCAGAAAAUUUUUGGAUGGUAUCUAUGUUUCUGAAAAAGGAACAGUUCAGCAGGCUGAUGAAUAAAGUGUAAGUUGUCCAGCUACAGAAGCACCAAGAUGUCAAGGCACCAAGCGAAUCUGAACUUUGUGAUAUUUUGAAGGAGCAAUAAAAGACAUGUAUUGACUUGCGA